AUGGUGCACCUCGAUGUUUUCCCCAAACAUGUUGUGUCUUCGAAUGUUAAAGGUGUUGUUGUGAAUGCGGUAGAUAUUGGCAACCAAAUUAAAAAUGAGCAAGAGUUUGAAUUUCGUGAUCACAUGCUUCAGUGGAUUCAUACGGAAGCCUCCAAACUAGGAUUUUGUGUGGUAAUCGGAACAUCUGAUAAUGGUUCAGAUAGAGGAUGUACUUUUGUGAUAAUUAUAUGCGAAAGAAGCGGGAAAUAUAGACCUCCUCUCCAGACUUUUAAACUAGACGACGUUGGUUCAAGAAAAUGUGAGUGUCCUUUUAAGUUAUGUGGUUAUAUGUUAGUAUCACAUGACAAAGAAUAUGAGAAGUCGGUUAAACUCGCGGUAGGGACGAAAGAUAUAGAGUUUGAAGAUGGAAAAAUGGUGAAGGCAGGAAAGUGUGCGAGAAAUAUCUUGAUUUGUUGA